GCCUUCUUCUGGGCUUUCCUUGACGCCUACACCAUCGGAGCCAACGACGUCGCAAACUCGUUUGCCAACGCCGUGUCUGCGAAGACCCUUUCUUAUCGCUCAGCAGUUAUGAUUGCAUGCAUCUUCGAGUUUUGUGGAGUCGUUGGACUCGGAAGCACAGUGACCGAUGCUGUUCGCAAGAAGAUGAUUCAGGUUUCCUGGUUCGUCAACGAUCCUUACAUCCUGUGCCUGGGAAUGAACUGCGUGAAUCUUGGUGGAGGCACAUGGGUUCUGGUCGCUACCAUCCUUUCCAUGCCUGUAUCAACCACUCAUUCGGUCAUUGGAGCCAUUCUUGGCAUCGGAAUUGCUGCCUUUGGACCAAGUGGAGUCAACUGGGGAUGGACUGGAUUCGGCGCAGUCAUCGCCUCCUGGUUCGUCUCUCCUGCCCUUACUGGAGUGUUGGCUGCCAUCAUCUAUUUGGCAACCAAGUACCUUGUGUUGAAGCAUCCUGACGAAGUUGCGGCUCGUCGCGGUAUCGCGAUGUUGCCCAUCUACUUCUUCUUUGCCUUCGGAACCGUUUCCGGCUUCUUCUUCAUCGCCGGUAUCCCUGCUUUGCACAAGACCUCCUACAGCAUCACUGUUCCCGUCUCGUUUGCCGUUGGAAUUUUCUUUGCCAUCUUCUCAAUUAUCUUCGUGCAGCCAUGGGUCAAGCGUUGGGUUCUCGAUGGAGAGAACCUGCCCUGGUACACUCUCUUCUAUCACUUCACCAUCCCCAAGGGCGAGAUGGGAUACGUUGAAGACACUCCACCUGAGGACAAGAAGGGCAGCAUGGAAGCAGGGCAGAAUUUCGAUCCUUCCAUGCAGCAGCCAAUGAUGGUUUACAACAACUCCUUGCAGCCUGGAAUGCCCAUGAUGCAGCCAGGCAUGCAGAUGCCUUAUGUGAUGUCUCAGAAUGGCAUGCCGAUGCAGGUCACUGGAAGUGCUUUCGGGUUCGGCUCGGUCAUCAAGCAGGAAGAGAUCCGCGAGGACGAUCCUGGCUACAUCAAGUGGGGCAAGCGUCUUCUGCCUGGAUUCUUCAUGGAUGUUGGAGCUCUUCGAGAGGAGGAUGCGGCAAUGCACGCCAAGGCCUUCCAAGCUUAUUCAAGGACCGAGAACAUGUUCAAGAUGCUCCAGCUCACCACCUGCUGCUUCUUCUCCCUUGCUCACGGUGCUAAUGACAUGGCCAACGCCAUCGCUCCCUUUGCAACUGUCUGGAUGGUCUACAGCACCGGAAGGGUUGACACCAAGGCCGAGGUUCCCAUCUGGCUCCUCGUUUACGGAGGUCUCGCGCUCGAUGUUGGUCUGAUCACCCUCGGAUUCUACAUCAUGGACGCUCUUGGCAACCGCCUGACCCUUCAGUCUCCUUCCCGCGGCUUCUGUAUCGAGAUCGCUGCUAUGUUCACUGUGAUGACCUUCACCCGUCUCGGAGUUCCUGUCUCCACCACUCACUGCAUCUCCGGUGCUACUGCUGCUGUUGGUCUCUGCAACGGCGACGUCGGAGCUGUCAACUGGAAGCUCAUCGGCGUCAUCUGCUUCGGUUGGUUGUUGACUUGCCCAGCUGCUGGUAUCAUCACUGGACUUCUC